GUGUGACUUAAAAGUGGGUGUUGAAGGUUGUGCUUCUUCUUUGAAGUUCACACAGCAAACGACUCAGUCCAUUGGCAGGUAGUCAGUUCAGCCACUUCCUCUCAACACGAAAACAUUAAGAGUGAGGCAAUCCGACACAACCAGGAUAGAAAGACACAAAGAAAAGCUUCAGUUUGUGCAGAAAGAGUCAUGGACGCCCUGAGAUCAGGUGUAUUUCUGCUGUUUGUCCUGCUGCCUGUCUGCUCUGCGGAGACGUUCUUCACUCACCCUCACAUCUGCUACUUCCUGGAUGCGUUUCUGACCCUUUACUGCAUAAUUGCCACCGGGCUCUUCUUCAGGGAGAAGUUUGCCGCCUUAUCUCUGACUGAUGAAGAGCCUAAGGAAGAUAAGGCAUGCAUUUACCAGGAGCUCGACAGAGUAAAGGAUACAGAUGCUUACGAUGUGCUCCAACCAUCAAAAGGGAAAAAAAAAAAAGCUGCCAAGAAGAAUAAAUCUGAGUCGACCCAAGGUGUGCCGGAUAAAGAUCCCUACGAGUCUCCGGUGGCCUCAACUCCCCUCGAGUCCUAGAUGUGAAACAACUAUGCGAUCAAAACAUACAUCGACUAUUUUGAUGAUCAAUGAAUAUUUAAGUGAUAGAUCGAGAAAGAAAUGCAAAACAGUUCUUUACAUGAAGCUUCUCAAAAAGGAUGAUUGUGUUAUUGUGUAGCAUUUACUAUUUUCUGCUUGUAGCCUAGCGUGAUAGCAUGCUAACAUUUACCAGAUGGGUCAUUCAACAGAAAAGGUGGAAGUGCUGUCACUUACUUUUGCAGACACCAAAAUACAUGAUGUUGACCUAAUACUCACAUUCA